ACAUGUAAUUUUUAUGUCAUCAGGCGGUAGUCCAAUUGGCUGUUGCCGCAACAAAAACCGGGGUCAAAACAAAACGCCGGCGUUAACACUUAUCAAUUAAAAGGCGCUUCAAAUCUCCAGCCAAAUCUCCUGCUCAGCUGCAUCUGGUCAGGACAGGAUCAGGAUGUCGACCCGUCGCCAGGCUAUCACGUUAUACAGGAAUCUCCUUCGCGAAUCGGAGAAGCUGCCCUCUUAUAACUUCAGAAUGUAUGCUGCCCGCAAGAUACGCGACACAUUCCGCGCCAACAGAGGCAUCCGAGAUUAUGGGGAGAUCGAUCGGCAAAUGGUCGUGGGCCAGCAGAAUCUGGAGCUGAUACGUCGUCAGGUGAUCAUCGGGCACCUGUACAGCGCCGACAAGCUAGUAAUUGAGAACAAGAAGACCUUAAAGCCCUCGGAUGACUGAGGGAAGCACGAGCGAAAGAGGUGGUAGCUGAAGAGAGUACAAUAGCAAAGGAAGAGGAGCAUGAGCUGUAGCAGGAGGCGUUUCUAAUUGAAGACACAACUCGAAAGACUCGAUCACACACAACACAACACACCACACAUAUUGUUGAUUUUAUAGGGCACUUUGCAUCCAUCAAACCAAGAAUCGAAAUCAUUUGCAAGCAAAAAAAAAAACACCAAUUUAAUGUUAUGUUUAACAACAAAGAUGAAAUUAUAUAUACAUACACAUA